AAAAACAAAAAAAAAUAUUAGCCCCUUCGCCCCUGACUGCAACCCCCACCUGCUCCACCUCCAAACUACUCUCCGUCAGCCAGAGGGUGUUGCACCGCCGGCGUCUCCUUCGUCGCGGUCCUCUUCUCCUUGGCAUCUCCCUCUCCGUGCUCACACUCAAGAACGUCACUCUUCUACAUCUCACGAACGUCGCUGAGUUGUCACCCAAAAAUCGCCGUUGGCCUCGCCUCUUGUCUUCGCCGAAUGACAUCUCUGCUUGCUUCUUCAGCGUCGUCGACGGUUUGGAAUUUUAACACAAGAACUUAGAGCCAAGGAUGUCUCUUCGUAUAAAGGCUGUGGUAGAUAAGUUUGUUCAAGAGUUGAAAGAAGCAUUAGAUGCUGAUAUUCAAGAUAGGAUCAUGAAGGAGAGAGAGAUGCAAAGUUAUAUUGAAGAGCGUGAGCGUGAAGUAGCGGAGCGUGAAGCUGCAUGGAAGGCUGAACUUUCUCGUCGUGAGGCAGAGAUUGCGCGUCAAGAGGCAAGGCUGAAGAUGGAAAGAGACAACCUUGAGAAAGAAAAAAGUGUCUUAAUGGGAACUGCCUCAAAUCAAGAUAACCAAGAUGGAGCUCUUGAAAUUACAGUGAGCGGCGAAAAGUACCGAUGCCUUAGAUUCUCCAAGGCAAAGAAAUGAUGCUUGAUGCUCUGCUUAGCAGACCAGAAUGGGAAAAAAAGUACGUUUUUCAUUCCUCACCUCCGAAAGAGAGGGUUAGUCCAGCUAAGAGACUAACAUGCAAUUCCAUGUCAAGUUGUGGUUUAUUUGUUCAUUAUUCAUUGCUCAAUUUGGAAAGUCAUUGUUUGGUCCAUAUUUUUUCAUCUGUAAAUUUUUAGUAUUACAGUUUCACAUUGAUGAGUUGGUACUUUUUGUAGUGAAAAUAUAUGGUUUCAGUUACGUUAAGGACAACUUUGCCGAGUUAAAUACAAAAUUUUUAUUGUUA